AUGCCUUCGCCGCCAAGGUCAGGAAGAAUUGGCAGUACUAAGUCGAAAACAGGGUGCGAUACUUGCAAAAUUCGUCGUAUACGCUGCAGCGAGGAAAAGCCACAUUGUGUGAAAUGCACUAGUACUGGCCGACAGUGUACAUACAGCGCCCUGCGACCCCAAAAGGCUCUGGUUUCUCCAUUUCCACAGUUCCACUCAGGCCAAAGGGAACGUCGCGCUUUUGAAUUCUAUUUUCAUCGAGCAGGACCAGCUCUUGCAGGUAUCAUCGAUCCUACUUUUUGGAACGGAGCCGUCUUGCAGAUUUGUCGACUGGAGCCAGCUGUAUGGGAUGCAGUCAUUUCACUGAGCGCUUUAUAUGAGCGGCCUCCAAUCAGCGACUCGUCUCCGUUUUCUCUCCUCUAUAGCCCGGCUGAUGUGCGGCAUGCCUACCACCGUGAGGCAUUGGUAUGGUACUCGCGCUCAUUGUCGGCUUUGCAACAACGCAUUCAUCGAGGUGUUGCCGAUGUCACCAUAUCGACCAUAACCUGUAUCCUCUUCAUUGCCAUCGAGCUACUUCAAGGUCACAGAUCGGCUGCGGUUGCACUGUAUACACAAGGUAUGCAGCUAUUGGCCGAAGUGACACGCUGUCCAGCGUCUGGUACAGAGCUUGAAUUUAUGAUGGCUACUACCAGCUCUAUCUUUCAUCGCUUGAGGGCGCAAUUUCUUAUCUCAACGGACGGCGCAUUGUGCGACUUGUGGGCGACAGAUUAUGCAAACAUGCGCAAACCCUUCAUGUCAAUCAUUGAAGCCAGGAAUACGCUGGUUGGCCUCGUUGCGGGGUGGAAGAUCCUGAACAAACAUGUCAAGGAUAGUCUGGAACAAUUGGUUGAAGGCCACAUCCCUGAACCAUCUUCCCCAAUUCAAAAUCGACAACGGCACUUGAAGGAUCGUCUGAUGGCCUGGCAUACGUCUUUUAUCUCUAUGAUAUCCGCACAUAACCCAGCGCCCUGCCCAUCCCCACAAAAUUCCGAUGGCCCGACCUCUCUCCUUAUGAUGACCUAUCUCAGCAUAUGGAUCGAAACGCAAACAUCCCUUGCUUUUAACGAGAUGCCCUAUGAUAACUAUGAAGCAGAGUUCACCCAAAUUCUACAAUAUGCGCCCAAGGCUCUAAAUGCGACCCGCACCUUGGAUGGCAGCCAGCCCGGGUUCAUGUUUGAGAUGGGGGUUUUCCUGCCCCUCUUCAUCACAGCGCUCAAAUGUCGGAACCCUAAGCUGCGUCGCCAGGCGUUGUCAUUUUUAUUAGAUUCCCCGCCUGUGCAGGGUCUAUGCAUGUGCGCUCCAGUAGUAGAUCUUAUUGCGACGAUUAUUGUCAUCGAAGAGGAUCUCGUGGGGCUGGACCGGGCUGAAUCGUUGAUAGGUGUGCUGGCAGGGCCGGGGAGAUACCCGGACGCCGCGAACCGGAUUGCUACAUUCAAUGUAUUGUCUAAUGUUAAUGACGAUGGGAGACGGGAGAAUCGGCUACACCUCGCGGCCUAUCUCUCAAACGCAGAGGGGAGAUGUGUGGUUUCGGAAAGAUCGGUCUUGCUUCCACUUUUGAGGAGUGAGAUGAACCUCUGA